CUUUGGACCGCACGCCAUUGGUGCGGCAUCCCAAAAAAAAAAAUAGCUCGAUGUGACCGAGUAUAUGCACUUGGGAGUUCCCUCCGGAGGGGAACGCCGGUCGAUGAUUCGGCACGCGAUACGAGAUCCCUCAAGUUGACUCGAAGCCUGGUAACACAAUCUAUAGCCGAAUGGGUCUUAACAGUUUCCGUCCACAAAGAGGCGAGCAUUAGCACUAAGCAGGGAGCGGCCUAGUUUGGCUGCAGACCCGACGGCCUUGCUUUUUCUUACACUUCCUUCCUAUCGGAGUUCACCUUGAGGUUCCAUGGCUGAUAGACAACUAAUAAAGCAGGCUGCCCCUCGCGAGGAGCACGUCUGACUACAUAUAAUAGUAUUGUCAAGUGAAAUUGCUCCGAGCACUUAAGCAGAUCCGCUCUCACAUCUACCGGGCUAGGAAGAUAUACACUGCACACAUACCGAUCACUGGACGCUACAGUGUAUACUGUUUGAUUCUGACACCAUGCCCCAAGUCAGAACCCUGUCUCACGCCGAGACCCUCUACGACAUGGACCCCGAACACACCUCUUGUAUCGGAGGGCAGACGGUUCUGACAUGCCGUGAUUGUGCGGGCAACGCCCCACGAGGCUCCACUUGUAGCUGCUGCAGUGGCCGUGGUUUCAACAUCUUCAUCUGCCCUCACUGUCACCCGGCGGCUGCGGCUGCGGCUGCAGGGAGCCCGACGACCUCGCCCGAAUCCUCUGCUCCUGCUUCCCCGGCAUCUCUGAGCCGGAGCUCGUCCACAGUGUCCUCGCGCCACGGUUCAAACCAAAUGGCGACCUGGAAGCGGUUUGGGGAUGGCAACGGGGGCUCAGGCGGCGGGAGUCUUGGCUCCAAAGCCAGCUCGUCCCGAGGCCUAUGA